AAAAUUUAUUUCGCAAAGUGUUAGUGAAAAAGUAAAGUGAGAAAAAACAUGCCUCCUAAAACUAGUGGAAAAGCAGCAAAGAAGGCUGGUAAGGCCCAAAAAAAUAUUACUAAAAACGACAAGAAGAAGAAGCGCAAGAGGAAGGAAAGUUAUGCUAUUUACAUUUAUAAAGUGUUGAAGCAAGUACAUCCUGAUACUGGUAUUUCAUCAAAAGCCAUGAGUAUCAUGAACAGUUUUGUAAAUGAUAUUUUUGAGCGUAUCGCUGCCGAAGCAUCGCGUUUAGCUCAUUACAAUAAACGUUCAACUAUCACUAGUCGCGAAAUCCAAACUGCUGUACGUUUACUUUUGCCUGGUGAAUUAGCCAAACAUGCUGCUGUGAGCGAAGGUACCAAAGCUGUCACUAAAUACACAAGUUCCAAGUAAUUUGUUCAAAUGAUUAAAAAAAAAAUAGCAAAAAGGCCCUUUUCA